UUUCUUCAUGACCUGAGACCGGAGUCCGUUGUUAAGUAACACCAAUUGUAUUUAGUGGUUGUCAACCUAAAGAAAAUGCUUUUACAAAACUAAAAUGGCAUCAAAAAUUGCUAAAAACUUGACAAGAAUACCUUUAUGGAAGAGGGAGAUUCCUAGGCCUCCUCUCUACUACAAAGGGGAUGAAAAAAGACAAGAAUUUCUUCCACUAUUUUGGAUGAAGAUUAUUCCUCCGGAACUUAAGAUGCCUAAAAAUAUCGUAUCAUUUAUUGUGCAUCCACAAAUGAAUAAACACGACAUUGCACAGUAUCUUGAGAAGAUAUACAACGUUCCAGUUUUACAUGUCAGGACAGAAUUGAGAGUUAAAGAUAUUUAUGCAAAUUCAGUUGAAAGGGGAAAAUUACAGGGUAGAAAAUAUACCAUAACUAAAGAGGAGGAGAAAUAUGCCUACGUACAUCUGGCAGACGGCACAUUUUCGUAUCCGGAUUUCUUCAGCAGUGGUGGUCAAGCAGAAUUGACUAAACAACAACUGGAAUUAGAAGCUCUUGAAAAAGCUGAAGGAAAGUUUAUAGCAGGUCGAGGUUCUGAAGGAGGUAUACCUCUUUGGUUUACAGGACGUAAAAAUAAAGACAGUAGAGAGUCACUCAUGAUGAAAAAAAAGAAGAAAUCUUGAUGACUUUAAGUGAAAUAUUACAUAAAAAAAGACUACAUUAUUCUAAAGACUUUUUCAAUAUGUAACAGUUUUGCUGCACUUUACAGUAGAUGUUUACUUGCAGAAAGAGUUGUGCGGGAUGAAAUGGAAUGCAAACUUAGGGGCUGUGUUCAGCUUGUUGAUUUUUCCUUUUAUAUUUUUUGUUUUUGAAUAGAAGCAGAUAUAAAGUGUUCUGCAUAAAGAUUGCAGCUCAACAGUUUACAAUAUGUGUAUGUUAAAAGAAUGAGAAAAUGAAGUGCCUAAGAUCAUUAUUAUUGGAUAGCAUAUGUUGUUCUUCAAGUCCUUAAAUAUUAACAAAGGUCAGUUUCAGUUACAAUGUGGAAAUGACCAGAAAUAGGGUAUGCAUAAAAUAUUUCCCUACAUCCCAGUUUAGUUAUGACAUUUGUAAUUUUUCCAGAAUUGGAAAAGUUUCACCCAGAGCUUGAACUCAAAAUUUGAAAACAUAAUAAUGAGUUUUGAGGGAGACUUUCUUAACACCAGGCCAUCUUACUUAUAAAACCAAGAUUAAUAUAUGUCUGUUUGAAUUGUACAUAGUAAAAGAACAAUGAGCUUCCUGGAUA